AUGACGCGACCCGGACUUGUCAGAGCUGACACAAUUGAUCUCCAAAACCAAGACGCUCCUACUACCCAAGAUCACCAUUCGACUUCUCUACAGCCUUCAGACCUUGGCAAACAUCAGGCCUCGGAAAUCCGUCAUGUCCGCGACGAAAGACACGAAGAGGAGGAGCAUCUGCAAGAUGCCUGGACUCGCGCUCACCAACAUGUUCAAGUCAAUGAAUUGACCGACGAUCAACUACAAGCCCACAAUCAUGAAAAUGGCGAUUCGACCGACGAUUCUGAGCUAGACGACGACAUGCUCGACGAUCGCAUCUCCAGCUCUCCCUCUAUCGACGAUGAGGACAUUGAUUUCGACUUCGUCUACGCUCUACACACCUUUGUGGCCACAGUAGAAGGCCAAGCCAAUGCGGGAAAGGGUGACACCAUGGUCCUACUCGACGACAGCAACAGCUACUGGUGGCUUGUUAGAAUCGUAAAGGACAAUAGCAUUGGUUAUCUCCCGGCCGAGCACAUUGAAACUCCCACAGAACGCCUGGCGCGUUUGAACAAGCAUAGAAACGUCGAUCUAUCUGCUGCCAUGCUUGGAGAUACUGCUGAGAAUUCCAAGAACCCGCUCAAGAAGGCCAUGAAACGACGCAAGGCAAAGACAGUACAGUUUACCGCUCCUACCUUUGUUGAGGCUUCGGAUUAUGACUACUCUUCUGACGAGGAGGACGGUCUUAUGCCCGAGCCUCUGUACGGUAACGGCAAUCAGAAUCAACAUGAGGAAGCCAAAUCUGAACAAGACAAAUCGUCAUCAGGCACAGACAUUGCCACAACAGUUGUCGAAGUUGCAAGAGUGGAGACGCCAGAUUUGGCAAGUCCAGCUAAAGACAUCAAGGCUCCUGCUGAAGAACCGUUAAGCAGUCCCACCUUGGUUGAUAAAACAGAAGCAGCGCCACUCAAAUCCAGAAAGGGAACACCACGAAAUGCCGAUUCCUUCCUCAAAGACGAUGGGGCAGAGCCUCUCAAGAUUUCCCUCACACCAAACCUCCUGCGGGAUAACAGCAGUGGAAGUCGUUCUUUGGAAACUACCACCUCCAGCAUGGAAGGCCUUGAAAAGACGGCUUCUCCACCAGAUAAGUCGAGAGAUGACAAGAAAAAGAAGGAAAAGAAGCCGGGCAUGCUUAGCGGUCUGUUCAAGAGCAAGAAGAAGGACAAGCGAAACAAGAACUCGGUCGAUGAAGACAGCGACAUCGAAAAAGUGUCAAGCGAACUGGCCAGACAAUCGACAUCGUCCGAUUCCAACAAGGGCUCUCCAAUCGAGCGCUCCACACAAUUCUCAGCUGCAGAGCCAAAGUCUAGAGGAAAACUGCAGAAGCCACAGGCAGGAGGAGCCACCGUCGCUCCUUCACAGGCUACCGCUUCUGCCCUAGCAUCUGCUCCUACUGCUGCCCUAGCUCCCGUAACUGCUCCCGCCCCCCUCCAAGUAUCGUCUGCCGCAUCUGCCCCGCAACCUCAAAGAGCCGAACAGCCAUCGUCAGCCUUUGUUGCCGAGCUUGAAGGUUCAACUGUUGAUGCUCCUGUGCAACCUGUCCAACGCAAUGUCGAAUUGCGUCAGCCGGAGUCAAGGAUCGCUAGCGAGACUUUGCUCGGAUCACAUACACUUUCAUCAAUCACGAACAAGAUGAGACACUCAGAGUCACAAGACAGCAUCAAGCCAAAGAAAGUGAAGAAGGCCAAAGCUCGAGUAGAGCUUGACGACUUUGACGAAGUCAGUGACGAGGAUAAUCAAGCGAAGGAGUUUGAAGAUGGGCCAAGUGAUGCAUUCAUGCAUGGCACCGAAAUGGUGCAUAUUCCUGUCAACCUCGGGGACGAAUCUUCCUCGCCUGAUGACCAUGACACGGCCGAAGAAAGAGGUGGUGAGGAAAGCUCGGAGAGGACCAGUUCCCCAAGCAUAGUAGAUACGCCAAAGGUAUCUGUGGAUGGAUCUCACGAAAAUAUGAAGCAUAUGCAUGAAGCCCCGACUUCAAACAUGCUAGGCGACGACGAUGAAACACCUCUGGCAUCGAAACGUCAAUCAGCGGUGGCCAGUGAAUCCUCUACACCACAGCAACCGCCGGUCAACCCGCCUGUCCGACGUGCACCUUCUCCUCCUCCUGUUCAGAGGUCCAGUUCAGUCACUCCAUCCAAUGGUUCCUCGGCACGUCUAUCUCCAUCACCCGCAUCAACACGCAGUCCCGUCUCGACUGCAGGCACGCUAAACACGUGGUCCGAUGCAAGUCUUCGGGCGUGGCUCGAUGGAGCUGAGAACGACGUACGCGACAUGCUAGUCAUAAUUCACGACAAAACCUCGGUUGUGCCGGUCACGCGCGAUCAUCCGCUCAUGGCGGAUCUCUUCACUGACGAAAGCCGCAGAGUGGCGGGUUUGCAGGACGAACUCGAUGGUCUGCUCGGCAACUGGCUUGCUCGCAAACGAAGCGUAAGAGAAGUGGCAACCACGUAG